AUGUCCGGAGGCGCCGUGGCCCGCUUGAGGGCUGCCGUGACCCCCGUCCGGUACUUCUCGGCCUACUCGCCGGAGAUCGUCGGCUCUGCGGGCACUGCGGAGUACCGCAUGCACUUCAAGGACGGCAACGGCAAUAAGAUUUCGCCGUGGCACGACAUCCCGCUCAAGAGUGGUGAGCACUUCAACUGCCUCAUCGAGAUCCCCAAGAACACGAAGCCCAAGAUGGAGGUCGCCAUCAAGGAGGAGAUGAACCCCAUCGCGCAGGACGUGAAGAAAGGCAAGCUGCGAGACUAUCACGGCCCGAUCUUCUGGAACUAUGGCAUGCUCCCACAGACGUGGGAGGACCCGAACGUCACGCACAAGGAAACAAAUUGCGCCGGCGACAACGAUCCUGUGGAUAUCGUGGAGAUCGGGUCUGAGGCCCUAGCACAGGGCUCCGUGGAGAAAGUCAAGGUGCUAGGGGCCUUGGCCAUGAUCGAUGAUGGAGAGUUGGAUUGGAAGAUCAUCGGCAUCCGGGCAGCGGAUAGUUUGGCAGCAGAGCUGAACGACAUCGCCGAUGUAGAGGCGAAAUGUCCGGGGGUCAUCAGCGGCAUUCGCGAGUGGUUUCGCUGGUACAAGACCCCAGAUGGUAAGCCCCUGAACGCCUUCGGCUAUGAGGAAAAGGCGCUGGACAAGAAGUUCGCCCUUGAGGUCAUUGAGGAGACCCACGACGCAUGGAAGAAGCUGAGGAAGGGAAGCACCGACAAGGGCAAGCUUUGGGUUGGCAAGUAA